AUGGCGCCAUUAAUGUUCUCCUUCAGAUUUCUGUUCUUCCUUUCUCCCGUUUUGUUCCUCAUGAUCAGCACUGAAUCUCAAUCCCCAUAUUGUUACAACGAUAAAGGCAACUACACCACCAAAAGUACCUACCAGACAAACCUCAACACCCUUCUCUCUUCUCUUUCUUCCCCCUCCAACAACGGUAAUGGCUACGGCUUCUACAACUCAUCCUACGGGGAAAACCCCGACCAGGUUUAUGCAAUCGGGCUAUGUCGAGGGGAUGUCACGGGGAACCCUUGCCGUUACUGCCUCAGUAACGCCACACAAAUCCUCACACAGUCCUGUCCCAAUCAAAAGCAAGCUUUCGUUGUAUUUGACCACUGCACGCUUCGCUACGCCAGCCGCUCCAUCUACGGAGCCAUGGAAACUUUCCCUCCUUUCCGGUGGUAUAACGUACAGAACGUGUCCUACGACGUCGACGGGUUUUUUCAAGAGCAGAGUGUCAAUGAGCUGUACAUUCCUAAUUAG